GCAUUUUCUGCCUGGUUGAAGUUUUAUGUAAUCACCAUUCUUCAAAGAAGCUCCUGGAGCUCUAAAGACUAAAGCCGACGGUGGAGGUUGCUCAGACGUCCUAUAGGAUGCUUGUGUUGAGUUGCCAGACAGUUGGAUAGCUGUAAUUUCGUCAGCCUGUGGCCUGCCUGGGUAGCUCUUAGAGAGUAGGAUCCUGGACACCGCUUGCAGCGAUGGGGCCUAUUGACAUGGCUGCCUGCCGCAGAGUGCAAAAGGAAUUCAAGUCUCGGGGCUUGGGGUUGAAGAUGGAUGCUGUGAAGGCGGUGGCGGACUUUGUUGUGAACUCAAUGCACGAGGAGCAUGAGAUACUGCAGGAGAUCUUCGCUGAGCUGGACAGAAAGACAUUGAGCAGCAGCAUCCUGAGCAAGGAAGUGAUCGACGAGGUUCUGAGCACUCUAGCCACUGGCGGUGACUCAGGGGAAGACGCCUUCACCUUCGUAGAGGCAUUCCAAAUGCCAAAGUUUGACUACGACCAGGUCCGAAAAGCAUUCCAUCAGUCCACAGCCAAGCUGUCAAUCCACGCUGAUGCUAAGUCAAAGACAGCGCUGUAUCGAGAUCGCUUCACGUUGCUGCAGCAAAGGGUUCUCCGACAGGAAGCGUUCACAAAGCCGGCAUUGGGGCUCAAACGUGCGGAAGACACGCAAACGGCGGAGCUGACCCCGCUGCAGUCCCUGGUCGGCAGCACCGGCACAAAGUACGUGCUGGGCUUCAUCUCCCAGCUGGAGGACGGCCGCUUCUUUUUGGAAGACUCAACCACGCAAAUUCUACUUGACCUCUCGCAAGUCACGAAGGAGAAUGUGACGACGGGGCUGUUUACAGAGAACAGCUUUGUGGUGGUGGAAGGGCAGGUUCUGCCAACGGGGGAAUUGCAGGUUUCGAACAUGGGGUGCCCCCCAGUUGAGGACCGAGAAACGACAUACCGGUUGACGGGUGGGCUGGACUUCUUUGGCGCGGGUGUGAUCCCGUUAGAGAAGUAUGAGAGUUUGCGGGAACAGGAGGAGGCGGCGACGGAGCACUCGUUCAUGUUCUUCUCCGACCUGCAUCUGGACGACGAUGAGACGUUCCGGCGGCUCGAGAGCACGCUGGCCACCUGCCAGGAGAGCAACUUCGUCCCCUCCCUCUUUGUCUUGAUCGGCAACUUCUGGUCUCGCCCGUGCAACCUCGCUAAUCACGACUACGCACAUAUGAGAGCCCAAUUCAAAAAGCUUGCGACGACGAUAGCGGCGUUCGCUGACGUCAGAGAUGCGACGCAAUUUGUCUUCGUGCCUGGCCCUGGAGAUCCUGGGCCCGCCAACGUGGUCCCGCGGCCGCCCCUUCCCAAGUUCUUCACCAACGAGAUCAGCUCCCUGCUUCCAAACGCCGUCUUUGCCAGCAACCCGUGCAGGAUACGGUUCUACACCCAGGAGAUCGUCAUCUUCCGAGAGGACCUGCUGCACAAGAUGCGGCGAGCGUGCGUGGUCCCCCCCUCCGAGAAAGAAACGACAGACCCGUUCCAGCAGCUAGCGGUGACGGUGCUCCAGCAAAGCCACCUGUGCCCCCUGCCGCUCCAAGUACAGCCCAUCUUUUGGGAGUACGACCACGCGCUGCGGCUCUACCCCCUGCCGGACGUCUUGGUGCUGGCGGACCGAGCCGAACAAAAGGAGUUUGUUUACGAGAACGUCGUGUGCUUCAAUCCUGGGUCGUUUGCGAACGACAGCAGCUUUGUAAUCUACAGACCGGCUCCUCGAGAAGUGGAACUGAACAGCUUGUGAUAGCAUCAAGGCUCAAGUGUCGACUCUCGCAAUCAAAAGGGUCUGGGUAUGGUGCAACUGGCUCUCAUGCCUUACACAAUGGCUGUCUGUUUAGAGGCUUCGUGCAUUUGGUCACGGAAAUCAGCUUAUGAGCUGCACUGAUGCUUGCAGAUUUUCAUUGCAUUGCCGGCACAGCCCUC